GAAAGAUUAUAUUCUUCAUCUUUUGCUUUGAGCCGAAACGGUUCCCACAAAUAUCUGGAGCCAUACAUUUUGUUUGGCUCUGGUGUGAAAUAGUUGUGGGAGGUACACCAAUUGGCAUGCUGCCCCCAUCCCUUUUCAUCCCUGCAAGAGACCUUCUUUUUAGAUCUGCGCCUUCCUCUUUCUGGUUGCCUUCUUUGGGUUUGCUCACAGCACACACAAGCCAUUUUGCUGCCAGGAGGCUGCUACUUUUGGCAUCUCCGGCUCUUGAGGGAUCUCCAAGCACUUUAUGGGUUUCAAUUUGUUCAGUUCAUUCUGUUUGGCUCAGUCUGCUUGCAAGAUCUGUAUUCAGUUGACUUAGUUCGCCUCAGUUCUUUGAUGAGAGAUGGUGUACGAAAUGAAUUGGGGAGGAGACUGAUGGGGGAUUGCGAGGACGCCAAGGAGUACAGGUGCUGGGAGGAGCUGUUCCCGGACGCGCUGGGCCUCAUCUUCCGCAACCUGCCGCUCCAGGAGGUGCUCACCGUCCUGCCGCGGGUGUGCAAGUCGUGGGGGCGGGUGGUCGCCGGCCCCUACUGCUGGCAGGAGAUCGACAUCGAGGAGUGGAGCCAGCAGCAGAGCAAGCCGGAGCAGAUCGGCCGCAUGGUCGAGCUGCUCGUCGGCCGCAGCGGCGGCUCGUGCCGCCGCAUCAGCGUCUCCGGGCUGCCCUGCGAUCCGCUCUUCUCGUUUAUUGGAGACCAUGCUCGAGCUCUUCGGACCUUAGAGAUUCCAAGGAGCGAGAUCAGCGACAACAUAGUGGAGACCGUCGCACCGCGGCUAUCCAACGUCACUUUCCUAGACAUCAGCAGCUGCACAAAGAUCGGAGCCCGCGCCCUGGAGGCGUUCGGCAAGCACUGCAAGUCCUUAGUCGGGCUACGGCGAGUCAUGCACCCCAUCGACCUCGCCGACAAGGUGUGCCAGCACGACGAGGCCCACGCCAUCGCCUGUAGCAUGCCCAAGCUCCGGCACCUGGAGAUGGGGUACAUGCUGAUCACGACGGAGGCGGUGCUGGAGAUCCUCGCUCAGUGCCGCGACCUCAAGUUCCUGGACCUGCGCGGCUGCUGGACCGUGGACGACAAGUUCUUGCGGGACAGACACCCGGGGCUGCGCGUCCUGGGCCCGCGCGUGGACGACUGCUACGAGAACAGCUACUGGGAGGAGUGCUCCGACUACUCGGACUCGUCCAUCUACUCGUGGGAAUUCAUGGACGACGUCGACGACUACUACGCCGUCGGCAGCGACGACGAGGCCAUCUGGGACGACGGCCAGGGCCUCGAGAACCUUGAGGUGAGGUUCUACGGCGGUGGGUUCAGUGAGGGCUAUGCCGGUUUCGAUUGGCCACCGUCACCAUGAGAGCUAAGCUUACCAUGGCAAAUAACCUUGCCUGUAGUUCUUGCUACAAUUGUGUCUGCGUGUGUUUGUGGUGUGCGCGUGUUGUUCCUAAGCUUGCAGAUAUGUUGCUGUACUGUGUCCUCAUCACUCUCCCUCUAGCUUGCAGAUAUGUGAAGCGAGCUGCUAAUAUUACAAUCUCUAGAUGUAAACUAUGGUGUUUACAUGAAGCAAAUCAACAUGCAUGGCGAGAUUUCACCA